AUGGUUGCCUCUGGGCAGGACUGUGACAGCAGUCAGGCAGUGCUUGCCUGCCCUCAUUACCAGUUUGGAGAGAGAAAAGUGAAAGAUCUGAUGCAACAGCAUCUGGUCUAUGCCUCAUGUGGAGACUUUCAACCAAGAUCUCAAGACAAGUUAGACAAUUGGAAUGACACUCAUCAAACUUCUACGCCACCAUCAACACUGCCAGCACCAUCAACCCUGCCAGCACCACCAUCAACACUACCACCACAAUCACCACCACCCCCAUCAUCAUCACCUCUGCUAGUGCCAUCCACUGAAAAUGAGACCCUUCACAUGUCAUCACCACCACUUAGACGCUUACCCAGGAAGCACAAGGAAGGACUAAAGGAAAAGAUAAAGCUUAUUGAGGGUAAAAACACCAAAGUAGAUCCAGACGGCAUGAGGAUGGCCACAUCUUCUGCAAGAAAAUCAAAGAGGCCAGGGUACAUGCACCCUUUGUUACAAACUCCUGGCAAAGACUUUUUCAUUACAGACUCUGGCCAGUUCUUGUGGCCAGGGCAAAGGAAAAAAGACAAAGGAAGACCCAAGGCUUGUCCUGGAUGGCGACACAAUCUGUGA